UGCGAUUCACCGGCAAAGUUCAGAAGAGUGACUGCACGAUCGAGUACAUCGAAUUUAAAUUACAUUUCCGGGGAUCUUCAUAAACACCGGAAAUACACACGUUCAUUGCAGGCAAAAAGUUGGUGUGUUUUCUACGUAUCUGUCUGAAACCGAUACCUGUACUGGCAGUCUUAUAGCCAGCUUCCGGUUUGCUUGACGCGGAAUUGAAACAUGGAGGUUGCUAACCGUAUCUUCGGCUUCUUACUAUGGAAUUUAUUUAUAAUUUGUAAUGGCAGUCCGGUGGAUACAAAGGCCAUAAGUCCAUAUUUCUCAAACAGGCAUUAUAAUCUGACUGAAAUCCGACUGGAGAACAGCACAUCUAACGGUCCUCUCGUGGUGAUCUCCGAUGUCGCCCACGGUACACGAAUCCGCACAAAACUAAAAUCCGGAGUGUCUUUAUGCUGGCCUGUGAAAGUACGUGACAGUACCGGUAUCGACCACACUAUCUGCCACUGCAACGAAAUUUCCGCUUAUCACGAAGCUGCUCGUGAAGGCGACAAAGCGCCGAUUAUACCUACUAAGAAUAUUGAAGUUCAUCCCUAUAAUACCGAUGCAACGGAAACGGUUUACCCGGCUGACCCUACAACGGCCGGUGAUACGGACUUCAGCACACAAGUCUCCACGGAGCUGACGAAUGUGGACCAUCCGCUUACUACACCGGAAAUACUUCCUUUGAGCACGAUGGAAACAACUCACAGCACACUAGACACCACUUCCUCCAGUGACCUUUCGAUCAGUCCGGACGCAGAAACGGGAUUUACUCCUGAGCACACGUCACCAGUAAUUCAAGACACGACAGUCGAAAUCUCGACGAACCAUCUCGUUACCGAUGUCACCACCCACAUCCAAAGUUUGACCUCGGAACAUACAAUCCUAGUCCCCCUUAUUGAUACCAGUACAGCUCCCGUUGUUUUUACCGUGCCGCCAAUAGAGAAUACUCCCAGUGACCAUCCAGUUACCGGCGCCACCAUUCAUAUCGAAAGCGUGACCUCGGAGACGACAGUCCCACAGAGCGAUAUCAGCCCAACCACCCAGGUUGUCGUUACCAUGCCGAUAGUAGGGAAUAUACCUGGUGGACUUCCCUUUUUCGAUGCCACAAUCCACACCGGAAGUGUGACUUCAGAAACGAUAGUUGCACACAGCGACGCCAGCUCAACCACUCCGGUGGCAAUCAGCGAGCCAGUAGAUGAAUUCCGCGGUAUCCAGCUGGCUACCGACACCACCGUCCCAGCGACAUCCGUGACCACAGAACACACAACUGUCCAAACCGGCACCACCAUAGCUCAUACUGUAUCGCAUCCUGUACUGACCACCGGAAAUUCGGCAACCCCGAUGGUGGCCGAGUCAUAUCCGAGUCUAUUGGUUCCCAGGUUCGGAAUCAGUGGGAGGGAAGGGAAUAUAUUUGGAUCCCAUUCCAGACUUUUAGAGCGUAAAAAGCGCGAAAUCCUACAGGACGAAGGCUGGCAGCAAGUGCCUAACGUCUACCACAUUUAUCCGUGGGUAUGUGGAGCCGGUACGCCGUGUUGUUUUGGAGAACCGCGUCAGACGCAGCUAAAUCAGCCGGCAACUACAAACACUACUUCGCCGCCGCAACCUAAUCACGCGGCAACCAGGCGCAACGGAUACACAUACGGAGCGCUUUGUGGAUUUUUGUCGUUUAUUUUGGCCUUCCUAUAAGUAUAAGCCCACGCCUUUUAAUCUGUGAUGUGCUUUAAAAGGAUUGACCUGCGACUUUCCUGUGUGGAGCCAUUAUGGAACUCUGUGUACCUAAUUUUCUAUAUUCUGCUGCUUGCUCAUUUUGUCGGCUAAUAUAUUGUAAUAUCAUUAAUACUUUAAUUAUUUUCGAAAACUGAGUACAUCUGUACAUGUGUAAUUUAUUUAAUUAUUGUUACAGUGAUUAAUUUGACUAUUUUAAUAAAAUCCUGUUGG